AUGGGCAUCAAAGGCCUCACCGCCCUCAUCAACGAGCACGCUCCCAAGGCCAUCCAGGUAUACCGCUCCCUCCCCCGCUCCUCCCCCUCUUCACCCGCCGCGAGCCCCAGACGACGCCCCGCUGACCUCACUCCCUACCCGGCCGCCCAGGAGCAUGACAUCAAGACCCUCUUCGGCCGCAAAGUCGCCAUCGACGCCUCCAUGUCCAUAUACCAGUUCCUCAUCGCCGUCAGGCAAAAGGACGGCGAGAUGCUCACCAACGACGCUGGCGAGACGACCAGCCACCUCAUGGGAUUCUUCUACCGCACGAUACGAAUAGUGGAGAACGGAAUCAAGCCCGCGUACGUGUUCGACGGCAAACCCCCAGACCUCAAGUCCGGCGUCCUCUCGAAACGGUUCGAAAAGCGCGAAGAGGCCAAGGAGGAGGGCGAGGAGGCGAAGGAAACAGGCACCGCAGAGGACGUCGACCGCUUCUCCCGGCGCACCGUCCGCGUCACUAAAGAGCACAACGAGGAAUGCCGCCGGCUCCUCCGCCUCAUGGGCAUCCCCGUCAUCGUCGCCCCCUCAGAAGCCGAAGCCCAAUGCGCCGAGCUCGCGCGCGGCGGCAAAGUCUACGCCGCCGGCUCAGAGGACAUGGACACGCUCACCUUCCACGCGCCCGUCCUCCUCCGGCACCUCACCUUCUCCGAGGCCAAAAAGGCGCCCAUCAGCGAGAUCCACCUCGAGCGCGCGCUGCAGGGGCUCGAGAUGGACAUGUCCCAGUUCAUUGAUUUGUGUAUCCUCCUCGGGUGCGACUAUCUCGAGCCGAUCAAGGGUGUCGGCCCGAAGAGCGCGUUGAAGUUGAUUAGGGAGUAUGGCGGGUUGAAGGGCGUUGUCGAGCAUCUGCGGGAGAAGCAGGCGGAGAAGGCGGAAGCAGCAGCAGCAGCAGCAGAGGAAGACGGGAAAGACGGGAAGAAGAAGAAGAGCGGCGGCAUCCAGGUCCCGGAGGAGUGGCCCUGGGAGGAGGCCAAAAAGCUGUUCGAGAAGCCCGACGUUCUCCCCGCCGACGAGGUCGAGCUCGAAUGGAAAGACCCCGACGUCGACGGCCUCGUCCGCUUCCUCGUGACCGAAAAAGGGUUCAACGAGGAGCGCGUGCGCAAGGGCGCCGAGAAGCUCCAGCGCUUCCUCAACACGAAGCAGCAGGGCCGGCUCGAUGGGUUUUUCACCGUUAAGCCCAAGGAUUCGUCGUCUUCCCCGCCGAAGAAGAGGGGUGCCAAGGACGCGGGGGAGGAUAAGAAGGGCAAGAAGGGUGGGGCGAAGCGAAAGCUGCGAUAG